AUGCCUACACCUAUUGUUCGAUGGUGUGGUGGAAGUGGACGAGGUGGUUGGCAUUUCGGUGGUAGUGGUGCUGGUACUAAUAGUACCGUGACAUCGUUUGAAACCACUACGGAAACAUCGGAGCAAGAAAGCACCAGUGAGACCACAGAAUCAUCAACUAACUAUACAACUGAUUCAACCCAAAGUCAGGGAGAUGAAACUUCGCAUACUACCGGAAAUACUUUGGAGACUACCACCGAAAAGAAUACCGAUAGUACCGUGACAUCGUUUGAAACCACUACGGAACAAUCGGAGCAAGGAAGCAACAGUGAUACCACAGAAUCAGCAACUAACUCUACAACUGAUUCAACCCAACAUCAGGAAGAUCCAUCUUCUCAAACUACGGGAAAUACUUUGGAAACUACCACUGAAGGUAAUAUCGAGAGUACCGUGACAUCGUUUGAAACCUCUAGGGAACAAUCGGAGCAAGAAAGCACCAGUGAGAUCACAGAAACGGAAGCAACAACACCUGAAAAUCUCGCAUCGGGAACGACAAAUUCCACGAAAUCGAUAACAGAUUUUCCAACUGACAAGAAUUCCGAUUCUACAACACAAAAUUCAGAUCAUGGAUCUCCAACCACAACAACCGAAAUUUUCUUAGGAAUUAAAAAAGAACCCGAAUCUUCAAAUACCACGGAGGCGAACAACUUUUCUGAAACGACUACCAACAGUUCGGACUAUACAAUCACGGAAGCAACAACACCUGAAAAUCCCGUCUACGAAUCGACAAAUUCCACGGAACCAUUGACUGAUUUGCAAACUGAGACGAAUUCCGCAACUACAAUUCAGAAUUUAGGUGAUAAAUAUUCUCCAACUCCAACAAACGAAACCUCUUUAGGAACUACGGUAUCCGAACCUUCAAAUACCACGGAGACGAAUAACUUUUCAGAAACUUCAGCCAACAAUUCGGUUACAACACCUGAAAAUCUUGAAUCGGAAAUGACAAAUUCUACGGAAGCGGUGACUAAUUUGCAAACUGAGAAGAAUUCCGAAAGCGAUUCUCAUUUAACUGAGCAGAGUAACUCCCAAAGAAUAACUACCUAUAGUUCGGUAACUGGAUCUUCAGACUACACAGAAACAGAAGUAACCGAUUCUCAAAAGGAAUCCGCAAAUUCCACAGUAGCUGUAACUGAUUCCCAAACUGUCAUGAAUUCGGAAACAACACUCAAUCACGGAUACAAACCUUCUGAUACUGCGAAAGAGGAUUCGCAAACCGAUAGCAAUUCUCAUUCAACAGAACCGGAUAACUCCACAGAAGCAAUAACCCAUAAUUCGAAAACCGUAGGGAAAGAAGCAACCGAUUUUCCAGCAGAAGCUGUAACCGAUUCCCAAAUUGAUACUUCGAAACAAACCGAUAGCGGUAUAUAUUUAACUGAAGCGAAUAACUCUUUAGGAACAACUACCAAUAAUUCGGUAACUGCAACUUUAGGCUCAGCGGAAGCAGAAGCAGAAGUAGCCGAUUCUGAAAGUGAAAAAACAACAAAUGAUAUCGAAUAUCAAUCUCCAAAUUCCACGGAAGUUGUAACAGAUUCUCAAAAUCAAACUUCAGAUACCACGAAAUCAGAUCCCUUAACCGAUAACAAUUCACAUGCAACAGAUCGGAAUAACUCUACAGGAGGUAUCGAAUAUCAAUCUCCAAAUUCCACAGAAGCUGUAACAGAUUCUCAAAAUGAAUAUUCUGAUACCACGAAAUCAGAUCCCUUAACCGAUAACAAUUCACAUGCAACAGAUCGGAAUAACUCAACGGGAGCAAAUACCAACAAUUCAGUACCCGAUUAUCAAACUAAAUACAAAGCGGAAGAGGUAAAUGUUACUCAAAUCGGCAACAGCUCGGAAACAGCUUACAAUUUUACAUCGACAACUCAAAGACCGAAUAACUCUACAGGAGCAAAUACCUACAAUUCAGUACCCGAUUAUCAAACUGAAUACAAUGCGGAAGAGGUAUAUUAUACUCAAACUGGCAACAUAUCGGAAACAGCUUACAAUUUUACAUCGGAACCUUCCACAGAAGCUGAUUUCCAAUUUAUUUCCCGCAAAUUGAACUCGGAUGAAAUACCACAAAUCGAGGGAGAUGACAUGGUGCCCACUGCAAUUAAAGAGAGCAAAUCUUCAAAAAAUGUUAUGAGACCAAAUCUUAGCGGAAAAUCAGCACCCGAAUUAAUAUGCUCCGAGGCUGGCGGUAUAUUUUUACCCGAUCCCAAUAACUAUCCCUUAACCGAUAACAAUUCACAUGCAACAGAUCGGAAUAACUCAACGGGAGCAAAUACCAACAAUUCAGUACCCGAUUAUCAAACUAAAUACAAAGCGGAAGAGGUAAAUGUUACUCAAAUCGGCAACAGCUCGGAAACAGCUUACAAUUUUACAUCGACAACUCAAAGACCGAAUAACUCUACAGGAGCAAAUACCUACAAUUCAGUACCCGAUUAUCAAACUGAAUACAAUGCGGAAGAGGUAUAUUAUACUCAAACUGGCAACAUAUCGGAAACAGCUUACAAUUUUACAUCGGAACCUUCCACAGAAGCUGAUUUCCAAUUUAUUUCCCGCAAAUUGAACUCGGAUGAAAUACCACAAAUCGAGGGAGAUGACAUGGUGCCCACUGCAAUUAAAGAGAGCAAAUCUUCAAAAAAUGUUAUGAGACCAAAUCUUAGCGGAAAAUCAGCACCCGAAUUAAUAUGCUCCGAGGCUGGCGGUAUAUUUUUACCCGAUCCCAAUAACUGUAGGAAUUAUAUACAUUGUAAUGGUGAGGGAAAGUUCGUAAUCAAUACUUGUCCCUCCAAUACCUAUUGGAAUGAAUUCGUAAAUGCAUGUAUAAUGGGUGAAUGUGAAAUGUCGGAUGAUAAAAUGUAA